AUGGAUCCCCGCGUGGCCUGGAUCCAGCCCGAGCAGAAAGGACCCGCGAAUGCGCUGUGGAUGCAGAUCUGGGAGACCUCGCAGGGCGUGGGGGGCCGGGGCGGCGCCAGCUUCCCGCCCUACCUCUGCCUCAACUCCCCGGCGCUGGACUCUGCCGCCUCUCCGCCCCGCGGGCACGGCUGCGUGCGGCUUGGGGCGCCCGGCGCCUGCUGCUCCUCUUCCUCGCCGCCGUCGCCUUCGCCUUCCCCGCCGGCCCUGCUGACCGGACUGGUGCCCGCUGUCCCCGGCGGCCCCGCGGCGGUGAACGGCGGCGGCGAGGGAGGGCGGCGGCUGCAGAAGUCGCCUUCCGUGUCUUCCUCGUCCUCCUGCUCGUCGGUGGAGUCCGGCACCGAGAGCCCCGGCUUCUCCUCCUCGGGAUCGUGCAGCGGUGGCGGAGGUGGCGGCUCCUCCUCUUCCUCCGGCGGCCCCCGGGCGGUGGCGGUGGCUCCUCCCGGGCUGCUGGGCAGCGGGGCUGGACCCGGGGAGUUUUUUAACUUCCACGAGAACAAAGUGAACGCUGUGAAUGGGCACCACCAGCCGCCGCACCCGGCGCGCAGCCCGCACCCGCCCCCGGCGUCUCCCCAGCAGCACCAGUACCACCCGGGCCGCAGGAAACGGGAGAAUAAAGCCAGCACCUAUGGCAUGAAUUACCUGCUCUCCGGCAGCCGCGGCGUCGCCGUCAACAACUCCCCCCACCAGCAGCGGCAGCCGCCUCAGCCAGCGCUGCAGAGCCCCGGCACCCCCUGGAAGACCAGGAAAUACAGCCCGGGCGUGCAGGGACUACAUGAAGAAAUCAUUGACUUCUAUGACUUCAUGUCCCCUCGUCCUGAAGAAGCAGCUAUGAGAAGAGAAGUGGUAAAAAGGAUAGAAACAGUCAUCAAAGAUCUCUGGCCUACCGCUGAUGUCCAGAUAUUUGGCAGCUUUAGUACAGGGCUUUAUCUUCCAACUAGUGAUAUUGACCUAGUUGUUUUUGGGAAAUGGGAGCGACCCCCUUUACAGCUGUUGGAGCAAGCACUGAGAAAACACAAUGUGGCUGAGCCAUAUUCCAUUAAAGUACUUGACAAAGCUACGGUACCAAUAAUAAAACUCACUGACCAGGAGACAGAAGUGAAAGUUGACAUCAGUUUUAAUGUAGAAACUGGUGUGAAGGCAGCUCGAUUUAUCAAGGAAUACAUGAAGAAAUAUUCUUUGUUACCGUACUUGAUUUUAGUAUUAAAACAGUUCCUCCUUCAGAGGGAUUUGAAUGAAGUUUUUACUGGUGGAAUUAGCUCUUACAGCCUAAUUUUAAUGGCAAUUAGUUUCCUGCAGCUACAUCCAAGAAUUGAUGCCAGAAGAGCUGAUGAAAACCUUGGAAUGCUUCUAAUAGAAUUUUUUGAACUCUAUGGAAGGAAUUUUAACUACUUGAAAACUGGUAUUAGAAUAAAAAAUGGAGGUGCCUAUAUUGCCAAAGAAGAAAUCAUGAAAGUCAUGACUAAUGGAUACAGACCAUCCAUGCUAUGUAUUGAAGAUCCUCUUCUGCCUGGAAACGACGUUGGCAGAAGUUCUUACGGUGCCAUGCAAGUGAAACAAGUUUUUGAUUAUGCCUACAUUGUUCUUAGCCAUGCAGUAUCACCACUUGCAAGAUCAUAUCCAAAUAGAGAUUCUGAGAGCACAUUAGGUAGAAUCAUCAAAGUGACCCAAGAAGUGAUUGACUACAGGGCCUGGAUUAAAAAGAAGUGGGGGAGCAAAAUUAAUUUAUCACCUGAACUUGAUAAUAGGUUGAAAAUAAGAGACCCAAUAGCUCUCUGCAAUGGAGAACAGCAGCAGAACAGAGACUCUGAACCAUCUUACAAUCAGCACUUGGCAUUGUCAUUGGCCAGCACACAGCAGUUAUCCUCUGGUUCAUCUGCCUCUUCUGUAUCAUCUCUCUCCAGCAGUGACAUUGAAUCAGAUACACCACCUUGCACAGCUCCUAAUGUUUACCAGUUCAGUCUUCAAGCACCGACUCAGCUUAUGGCCAGUUUAGCACCCGCAUUGCCCCUGCCAAGUGGUAAACCCCAAUCUGCGCCUCCGAGAGCCCUGAUAGUGGCCGCCAGUAAUCAGCAGCACAGUGGAAUGAAGUUUUCCAUGAAAGGAACUCAUAGCCAAGGCAACAGCUACAGCCCUGUGAGCAGUGGAGGCAUGAGGCAACCGGUUGGUAACCGUGGACACCACCAGUACAAUCGUAACAUAUGGAGAAGGAAAAAACACAGAGACAGCUUGCCUAUUAGUCUGAGCAGAUAAUGGCAGAUGCCAAAAUGACCUUCCCUGUUCAGACAGACUGAGUGAGUGCCACUCCACUUGAGGGAUGGAGACCAGCGUCCAGCACAUCGUUUUGUUGGUGUUGCCAAAUAUCUGCAGCUGACUUCUUUGCAUGUUUCUUUGUGUGGUGGUUCAGUCCAUCUUCAAGAAGUAGUUGUGCUUAUCUGUGAAGCCUUAUUCAAUGUGGAAGUUUGUUUUCUGCCUUCCCACAAUGGUUCAUUCAGUGCCGAAGCAGCUCUGACAAUAGAACUGCAAGGACAUUUACAAAUGCUGUAGCUUUUUUGCUGUGGCUAUAUCUGUUCCUUUUCUUUUAUUUUAGAAGUGAAGGAAA